AUGGGUCUUUUGACUUUGGUAGAAGAUCGGCCUACGCCAGCAUGUGUCUACAACGCCCGCGUAUAUUUCUGCGCGACUGUAGCCGCGUUUUGUGCAGUGAUGAUUGGAUAUGACUCCGCAUUUAUCGGCGGAACAAUCGCUCUCCCAUCAUUCAAGAGCGAAUUCAAUUGGUCGCAAUAUUCAGCCGAUGAAGCUCUCCUUAUCUCCGAAAAUAUCGUCUCACUCUAUCAAGCUGGUGCUUUCUUCGGAGCUCUCUUCGCUUAUGCAGCUGGUCACUACUUGGGUCGUAAAAUGGGUCUCCAAGUGUUCUCCGGCGUCUUCGUUGUCGGCGCUGGAAUGAUGUUGGGCGCCAAUGGCGAUAGAGGUCUUGGAUUAAUUUACGGUGGCAGAGUUUUGGCUGGUAUUGGUGUUGGUGGCGCUUCCAAUUUGACUCCUAUCUACAUUUCUGAGCUUUCUCCUCCUGCUAUUAGAGGACGCUUGGUCGGACUGUAUGAGAUGGGAUGGCAAGUUGGUGGCGUUGUUGGCUUCUGGAUCAACUAUGGAGUCUCAACUACUAUGCCCGCAAACCACAGACAGUGGAUCAUUCCAUUCGCUGUUCAAUUGAUCCCUGCUGGUCUCAUGUUUGCCGGACUAUUCUUGAUCAAAGAAUCCCCAAGAUGGCUCAUGAGCCGUGGUGAUCGAGCAACCGCCCUCAAGAACCUCUGCUGGAUCAGAAAACUUCCUCAAGAUGAUAUCUACAUGCUCGAGGAAGUAUCCAGUAUUGAAGCUGCUCUCGAACAACAACAGGCCACUGUUGGACUCGGCUUCUGGCAACCUUUCAGGGCUCUCGGCAAUGAUCGCAAAGUCAUGUACCGUUUCGCUCUCGGCUGCUCUCUCUUCUUCUGGCAAAACACAUCUGGUAUCAACGCCAUCAACUACUACUCUCCUACCGUCUUCAAGGAGAUCGGUAUCAUCGGUACAAAUGCCUCGCUUCUCACUACAGGUAUCUUUGGUGUCAUCAAGGCAGUUGUUACACUCAUUUGGCUUUUCUUCCUUAUCGACAACUUUGGACGCAGAAAUCUCCUCAUGUAUGGUGCCUUUGCAGGAGCCAUCUGUUUAUACUACGUCGGUGGUUAUAUCGCCGUUGCAAACCCUUCUGCCAACCCUUCCACUACUCUUUCCGCAGGCGGUAAAUCCGCCAUGGCAUUCUUUUACCUCUGGACCGCUUCCUACACUCCCUCGUGGAACGGUACUCCAUGGGUCAUCAACUCCGAGAUGUUCCCCCAGCACGUCCGUACACUUGGUCAAGCAUUCGCAGCCGCCAGUAACUGGUUCUUCAACUUCUUGGUUGCUCGUUUCACAGCACAAAUGUUCAAAGCUAUGGGAUGGGGUGUUUUCAUCUUCUUUGCUUCUUUGAUGAUGUGCAGUAUCGUAUUCGUCUUCUUCUUGGUUCCUGAAACUAAGGGUAUUCCAUUGGAGAGUAUGGAUAGACUCUUCAGCUCCGAAUUGAAGGCCAGACAUGCCCAUGGUAUCGUAUUAAGAGAAUUGAAGGAAGACGAAGAGGCCUUCAGAAGAAACGUAGAAGGAAGUGGAAUUGGAUUGGACAAAGAAGGAAACGAGAAGAGUGCUUAUGUCGAAGUUGUCUAA